AUGAUUAGCUCCUGUGUCUCUACACUCGCUGAGACUCUGUCUUAUAGGCCCUCCAACCCCUAUCUUGCCCUCCCGCCGCCUGAAGACGAGAUCCCUGACCUCGACAAACUCCCCUCCGAACCACCACCUUCACCCCCACCUACCACACCUGCUCGUACCAUGUCAGGACAUCACCGCAUCACCCUCGCCGCCAACCCCCCCUACUUCGAUGGGGACAAGUCCAGAUAUAUGGGCUUCGUGGACUUGUGCACCACCUACAUCGGUGCCUAUUGGUCGGAAUUCUCGCAGGACAAGACAAAAAUCCUCUUUAUCCUCUUGUACCUCCGCAACAAGGCUGGCACGAGCUGCGCCGCCUCAAGAUGGGCAAUGAACUGGAAACGGCGCAACUUCGAAAGCCUCAAUGGACUGAAGGCCAGGGUCACCUCAACGACCUUCUUGGAGGAGCUUCAGAGGGCCUUUGGGGAUUCCAACGUGGAGCAAGUUGCCGCCGCUCGACUUAUGGCUCUACGCCAGAAUAGGUGA